GCGCCCGCGAGCGGCGAGGACGCACUCGCGCGCGCGGGGCUGGCGCGGGCGCCGCUGGCGUUGCGCGAGGUCUACAGGCGCGGGCUGCUCUGCGCCCGCGAGGCGCGCGCGGGUGCCCGCUGCGGCUUCCUCGCGGCCCCCGCCGGGCAGCGGCGGUCGGUCUUGGCCGUGGUGGUGGACAUGGUGGAGGUGCUGGAGAGGGAUCCCGCGGGGUGCGGCCUCAGGCCCGCAUGCAGGCCGCAGGUUGUGCCGUGCGCGGCGGCGCGGGGGGCAGGCUCGCCGCGGGUGGUCCAGGCGACCACCGGGGCGCCAGCAUGGAGGAUGGCCGCGCGAUGCCCGCGGGCGCGGCGCAGCCCCUGCUGGCCGCGGCGUCCGCCGACGGGCCCGCGUGCCUCGCACCCCUGCGGCGCUGGUGGCGGGUGGUCACCUGCGCCCCGUACCUGGCGGAGCCGCGCGGGCGCCGCCGCUUCAGGCGGUGCGCGGCUCUCGCACUGGCGGCGCUGGCCGCGUCGCGCCAGCAGGAGUUUCCGCCCUCUGCCGGGGCGCCCGCCGCGGAGCUCGUGGCGCUCGCCGCCCUGGCAGCGCUGGCCAUGCUUCAGCCCGGGACCUCGCUGCUUGGCGACGCCGCCCUCGCGGUCGCGCUCGCCGCCGCCGCAACGGCCCACGCCGCGGAGGAGCCCGAGGAGGCCCUGGGCGGCCUCGCCCUGGGCCUCCUGCUGCUGGGGUGCGCCGGGCUGCACAGCGCCGUGCUGCUCCCGGGGCUCCUGUGCUCGGCGGCCGCCGCGGCGCUCCUGCCCCGCGCGCUCCACUGGUGCCUGGACGCCCCGCUCCUGCCCUGCCUCCUCCUGCUGCAGGUCACCUGCGGCGCCCUCGUGGAGCACACCGAGGCCAGCCUGUGCCUGCGGCUGCGUCUCUUCUACAAUGCAGCGAUCUUUGCGUGCCAGAAGGCCUCGGAGACGCUCCACUACCACGUCCACGCCAUGGCGGGCAGGUUCAGCGGCCAGGAGGCCGCGGUCAGCUACAGCGCUGGGAUCAGCGCGUGCGAGAAAAGCGAGCAGUGGCAGCGGGCGCUGGCGCUGCUGAGCGAGAUGCGGGAGGCCUCCGGGGACUUCCCGCGACGCGUGAGGCGCUUGCAGCGCAGACUGGCGCAGAAGGAGGACGAGCUGGAGAAUCUCCACGCGGCCAAGGAGAGCGGCCGCAUCCAAAAUCUCUGGUUCAUCCGCGCGGGCUUUUCGGACCCGUCCAUCCCAGGCGACGGUUUGGUCUUCGUUUCGCACGUGCGGGACGAGGUGCUGAUGCGGCUGCGAUCCAUCGACGGCGCGUCGACGCAGGCCGUGGGCGAGGCCCGCCAGUGUGAUGGGCUGGCAGUUUUCCACUUCAUGACAGGAGAUGGCAUUGGCACCGGCAGCGCGGCGGGCUGCAGGCUCGCGCACCAUUACAGGAACCACUUCGAGCACCGCGGACCUGGGGCUUCGCCGCAACGGCCGCCUCCCGGAGGGCCCGUUGCGGCGGGGCCCCCGGUCUCCCCGACGCCCAAAUGGCACUGCUACAUGUGCUGGGCGCGCGCAUCUCAUUCGGCCAAUUUGGCCGUUCACGUGGCCAUCGUGGGGGGCCUGGUCAGCGACCCCCAGGGCAGCGACGUUUUCGUCGGCAGUUGCUCCAGAUGUUUUAAGUACCACUUGAACGACUACCAUGAUGAGUAUUCGUUCAGCCUGCGGCGCCACGUGCGCGACGCCAUGCGCGCGGUGGAGGGGCCCGACGCCGAGGCCAGAACCAGACGGCUCAUCAUGCAGGCACUGCGCGGGCAGGGCGCCGCCCCGAAGUCCAUCCUGGAUUUCUUCGAGAGUUUGCCUGGCCUCACGCGCGUACUUGCGCGAGGGGAGAGCGACGAAGCAGCGGGGGGCGAGGCGUUCUUCCUGCCCCACACGCACAUUUUCGUGCCACAAGAGCACCCCAGCAUAUCGAGAUUUUGGCUUUUCACCGAUUGCGCAUGGGAGCUCCUGCUCAUCCACUUGCCGAAGUUGCCGCGCGAGGUUUUCUCGCCGGCCUGGACCACGGCGAACCCAGGCAAUGCUAAGCGAACAGGUCGCUUUGGGAAGUUUAUGGAGUCCGCGGGCGCUCCCCAGCGUCUGUGGGUUGCGUCGCCAGGACUUCGCCUUACACCUCUCGCUGCCAACAUCUCGUCCCGGAAGGCGGGCCCCCAGCGAGGGGGGCCCCCGCUGCUAUUUCGGCUCGGAAAGCGCGCGGUCCAGAUCCGCACCUCGGAACUGAUGAACGAGAUGAUGCAGCGCCUGCGCGGAGGCCCGGACUUGGACAUCAACCUCGCAGUGCUGCGACUUUACUUGUACUUGACGGAGGCGCACAUGUGCAUCCGCUUCGCGGCGUUCAGCCUUUCCCCUGCGGCGCUGCGGCGCCUUUCCAGCCGCUGCAACCCGUCUGGCUACCUUCGCGCCGCGGGGCAGUUUCUGGUUGCGCCCGCGGCGGACCUCGACGCCGGCUACUCUGCGCACCUCCAUGCCCGCGCGCUCAGCCAGGCUUCCUUCCCGAAGUCGCUUGCCUACAUGCUGUCCGACCCUGCCCAGUCCGAGCUGCGCGGAAUUGCGGAGAAAGGGCGCGCCCGUAGUUUACGCCGCUUCCUGGACAAACGCGGCGAUGGGCGGCGCGGCGCGAGGGUGGCCGCCGUCGCCCGCGCGUCGAGGAACAGCAUUAUCCGGUCUUUCAGGCGCGAGCGCGGCGACUUCGCGGGCGCAGCUGUGGUGCGAGCGCAGACCUCCGCUGGCAGCGAGCAAAGCAUCCAACAGUACAUCAUUGAGAACGGCUUCGAGCAGAAGGCCGCCGACACGAGGCGAGAGUCGACCGAGGUUGUCCAGCCGGAUGAGCUGUGGAUCCCGCUGCUCAAGCAGUUACGCUUCGGCUUCUUCGCCGUGCGGGUGCAGCAGGUGGCGGCGGCCCCAGUGGUGGGGGGCUCCGACGACGCAGAUGUCUCCGACGACGAGUACGCGGUCGCGAAGUGUUACGGCACCCGCGCGAAGAAGGCGAUCGAGGCGGGCCUGCUGUGGCGCGCGGGCCCGGCGAAGUCGGGCUUCGCGGAGUUCUGGGUCCGCGCUGCGACCGGCUACGUCAUCGACCAGUGCGCGGAGACUCGCGAGCGCCUCGCGGUCGGCUCACAGGAGUUUGUGGACGACGCGCCUGGGCAUUUCCCCGAGCACUUCGAAUUGCUGAGCGGCGCGCUGCCCGCCUUGCUGCCGAACUUCGCCAAAGGUCUCGUAAUAUUGGCGAGCGCGAGGCCUGGUUGCGACGUGGUGGUGGCGGGGUGGGGGGGUGGGGGGGGGGCGGGGGCGGCGGCGUUCAAGGACAGCGGCGCGUUCUUCACCGGCCAGAUUUACAAUCAGGUCGCGCGCGCUCGCUUCCAGGCCAGGUCGGGGAGUGCCAGGGCCGAGGCCGCCGCGACCCUGGCGGGGCGAUGCGAGACGGCCGAGGAAUUGCUGAAGGCUGCCGCCGCGAAGGGGCACCGGGAGGAAUUGGAGGCCGCAGCGGCGAUCUUCAACCCCGCAGUCAACGCCCUGGAGAGGAUGAACUUCCUGUCCGAGCCCGACAACUUGAGGGCGUUCCAGCCGUGGGCGCCCGGUUGCCGCGCGCUCCGCAUCAUGGAGAUCAUGGCGACAACAGACGGGGGCUUCGGCGGCGCUUCGGCGAAGGAUUCCGCCGAAACGUUCGCCAAGAUCGCGGAGGCCGCAGCCUUCAAGUUCGGCUCGGUCGGCGAGCGGGGCCAGGGCCCCGCCGCCGCGAACCCGUCGCGCGCGAGGGCGCUCGCGAAGAUCACCGGCCAGCGCGGAGCUGCCAAAGCGGCGGCCCGGGAGGAGGGCCAGUCGCCUGGCGGCGACGCGCCCGGCGACGCGCUUGACGGCGGCGAGCCGCGUGGCGGCGGGGAGCUCCCAGCCGAGGAGCCCGCCGAGGCGUUGGCAGCGGCGCCCGGGUCCGCGCCGGCGCCGGCCCUCGCCGUCGGCGACGAGGUCGUGGUGACGCACAGGCUCAAGAGGCACAACGGGUUUCGGGCCAAGAUCACAAAUUUGGUCGGCGGGGACAAAGCCAAGAUCGAGAUGCUCGAGGGCGACGCGAAGGGCACGGGCGACGCGUGCCUGACCUGGUCGCGGGCGAAGCCGAAGCGCCUGAGCCCUGAGCCUGACCUCGUCGCUGCCGCGGGCCCCCCCAGGGGCAAGGGUGGGCCGGGCCAGGCGGCGGCCGCCAGCGCGCCCGAGGCGCCGCCGGCCAAGAAGGCCAAGAUCGAGGAUCAGAAGGAGAAGGACAGUGUCGAGGCCAAGAAGGAGAAGGACAUGGCGACGGCCACUGAGCUGUACGCCGCCGUCUCCGCUGACCUGGAGUUCAGCUACAACGCUGGGAUCAGCGCGUGCGAAAAAGGGACGCCCGAGCUGUUCAACUUCGACGAGCUGGUCGCCUAUGGCGUGCGAGUCCAAGGCCACUACAGCGGGUUCGGGGGCCCUACGUAUACCAGCACCGGCACCCUCGGCUGUAUCGGAGGCCUCACCGCUGCUCUCUCGGUUCUGCUGGCUUCGACCUGCCAGAGCUCUGAGCCGCUCCCCGACGGCCCCAGCGCGUGCGAGAAGGGGGAGCAGUGGCAGCGGGCGCUGGCGCUGCUGAGCGAGAUGCGGGAGGCGAAGCUGGAGGCCAACGUCAUCAGCUACAACGCUGGGAUCAGCGCGUGCGAGACGGGCGAGCAGUGGCAGCGGGCGCUGGCGCUGCUGAGCGAGAUGUGGGAGGCGAAGCUGGAGCCCGACGGUUCUGGCGAGACGUCCUUCGCAAACCUGCGCUUCGGUGCUUACUCUGUGGUUCUGGGUUCCGUUUCUGCGGAGAUGGAGGGUGUCAGCUACAGCGCUGGGAUCAGCGCGUGCGAGAAAGGCGAGCAGUGGCAGCGGGCGCUGGCGCUGCUGAGCGGGAUGCGGGAGGCGAAGCUGGAGCCCGACGUCAUCAGCUACAGCGCUGGGAUCAGCGCGUGCGAGGAAGGCGGGCAGUGGCAGCGGGCGCUGGCGCUGCUCAGCGAGAUGCGGGAGGCGAAGCUGGAGCCCGUUGUCAUCAGUUACACCGCUGGGAUCAGCGCGUGCGAGGAAGGCGGGCAGUGGCAGCGGGCGCUGGCGCUGCUGAGCGAGAUGCGGGAGGCGAAGCUGGAGCCCAACGUCGUCAGCUACAGCGCUGGGAUCAGCGCGUGCGAGACGGGCGGGCAGUGGCAGCGGGCGCUUGCGCUGCUGAGCGAGAUGCGGGAGGCGAAGCUGGAGCCCAACGUCAUCAGCUACACCGCUGGGAUCAGUGCGUGCGAGAAGGGCGGGCAAUGGCAGCCGGCGCUUGCGCUGCUGGGCAAGAUGCGGGAGGCGAAGCUGGAGCCCGUUGUCAUCAGUUACAGCUCUGGGAUCAGCGCGUGCGAGAAAGGCGAGCAAUGGCAGCGGGCGCUUGCGCUGCUGAGCGAGAUGCGGGACGCGAAGCUGGAGCCCGUCGUCAUCACCUACAGCGCUGGGAUCAGCGCGUGCGAGAAAGGCGGGCAGUGGCAGCGGGCGCUGGCGCUGCUGAAAAGGCGAGCAAUGGCAGCGGGCGCUGGCGCUGCUGAGCGAGAUGCGGGAGGUGAAGCUGGAGCCCAACGUCAUCGGCUACACCGCUGGGAUCAGCGCGUGCGAGAAAGCGAGAUGCGGGAGGUGAAGCUGGAGCCCAACGUCAUUGCUUCUACAAUGCAGCGCCUCCUGCGUGCCAGAAAGGCUUUUGUCAAAUUGGGGGUCUCCGGGGCUCUGGCAGGCCCAGGCCAAACGAAGAGGCCCGGACGUCCCAGGACGUCAGCUACAUCGCUGCGACCUGCUCGUGUGAGAGAUGCGGCCAGUGGCGGCAUGCGCUGUCGCUUCUCAGCGAGAUGCGGGAGUGCAAUGUGGAGACGAACGACAUCAGUUACAAUGUGUGCGCCACCGCGUAUGAGAGGUCGUCUCGCAACUCGGCAGGAUUUCCAGGCUAUCUUGAGAUCGGUCUUUCGCGUUUUCGCGUGCCUUGCGAAGCUCUCUGCGUGUGGGAUUCUGUUGGGUAACCACUGUGAUUACGUGGGCGGACAUCCGUAUUUUGAAUUUGACCGGCUUCAAUCGCGCAGGAAAUUGUUUCGGAUAACAUUGCACGGAUCUUCCCUGGUUGGCUACAGCGGUGAGAUCAGCAUGUGUGCGAGAGAGAGAGGGAGAUAG